AUGGCAGCACUGUCUGAACUCCUGUCCACGAUGACCUUGGGGCAGCUUCUGCCACACCCUCUCAGCCACAUGUUGGAAUUGGCACCGGAGUUAACCGCCAGUGAGCUUGUGCAAGUGUUACGCGAUUGUCUAUGGAAUUACACGAGAGAUCACGUGCCUUCGCCGGCAUUAUUUACGUGUGACUCUUCUGGUCUUCAUUGGCGCGAUCCUUCUACAUGCAAACCGCCAUCCACCUACACAGACACUCUAAGAUUAAUUAUACAGAAGAAUAUAUCAAAAUUGGGCCAUCUAUAUCCAAUUAUGUUUUUAAAUCUCGAAAAAGAUAAU